UGGGCGUUGGGCAUCACUUCACAACACGCGACGUGAUGAUGUCAUUGGCCAGCCGCAUGGGUGACGCUUACCUGUUCCUAGCGACAUUCCGCGACAGCAGUUUCCGCCGGAACUGACGAUCAACUAUCCAUAUCAUCAAUCAACAUUCAUUCUCGAACUGCUCGCAACUCGUCAAAAAUGCAUUCGUGAUUUUACUGACAUAAAACAACGCAACUAACAAUCUGGCAUCGCGAUCUGAAUGUGCAACGUCGCAACAACAUGGCACACCAACCCACCAACCACGAAGAUUCUCCGCUUCUCCAUGACAACAGCAGCUCUCCAGGAGACAACGAGACUACCCGCAAUGUCGAUGAAAAGAUGGAUACGCGCCUGAUGUUGAAGAUUGCGGCAGCAAUGUACUCCUUCACCACACUCGGCCUCUUCAACUCCUCAAUCGGCACCGUCCUCCCUCUCCUCUCCUCCUACUACCAUCUCACCGACCUCCAAGUAUCUUGCAUCUUUCUCGUCCCGCCCAUCGGCUACGUUGUAGCAGCACAGUGUAGCGAUACUGUGCAUCACCGCUUUGGCCAACGAGGAAUCGCAGUUGCAGCGCCUUUGUUACAAAUCCUGGCUACGACGAUGGUAGCAACGCAUCCGGGGUUUGGGUGGGUGCUGGUUGCCUUUAUGUUCCAGGGGCUGGGAACGGGGCUGCUGGAUGGGAGUUGGUGUGCGUGGGCGGGGAGUAUGGAGAAGGCGAAUACUGUGAGCGGGCUGUUGCAUGGGAGUUAUAGUGUUGGUGGGGCGAUGGGUCCAUUUAUCGUUACUAUUUUGACCACCAGGCACUUUCCGUGGUGGACCUGGUAUUCUAUCUUAGCUGGAGCAUGCGCGCUCUCUUUCUUGGUUUUAGUCAUGGCAUUCCGUAACGAAACCGCAUCCGUCUACCACGAAAGCAAGCAGUCGAAAAUCAACGAUUCCAAGAUCGACGUCAAGGCCGUGUUCAGAUACCGAGCUACUUGGUUCUGCGCAGCGUACUUUCUCACUUACGUUGGUAUCGAGACAGCGAUCUCGGGGUGGAUCGUCUCAUUCAUGCUGCGCAGCCGCCACUCAACCGCUUACGUCGCUGGUCUGUCUUCUACGGGGUACUGGAUUGGCAUGGCUAUUGGACGACUCACGUUAGGUUUUGCAACAGAUAGAAUGGGGGUGCGGCGCGCGACUGGUUUGUACUUUGUUCUCGCUAUUGGGAUAGAUAUUCUCUUCGCUGCUUUGUCAUCUGCAGCUGCUUCUGUGGCGCUGAUGACAAUGCUAGGGUUUAUCAUGGGUCCGAUGUUUCCGUCAGGAGUUGUUGUGCUUACACGAUUGUUGCCGGCAGAGUUGCAUGUUGCCGCUGUUUCCUUUGUGGCUUCUCUAGGUCAGGUUGGAGCAGCGCUUUCGCCGUUUGCUAUCGGUGCUGUUAUCGACGGCAUGGGUAUUGGUGUCUUCCGGUUCGCGAUAGUUAUCGAGACUGUGUUGGCGUUGCUGGUAUGGGUUGCUUUUGCAAGGCUGCGUCCCGCUUUGCAAGUUGUAUCUACUGCGCGCCAUGAGGACUGAGAUUAUGGGACCACUGCAGCGCUAUGAAGCUAUUGACCACCGUGUCAACAUAGUGCUGUUCAGAUGUAAAAGCGACAGCCAGACUAACUUCAGCUUUGAUCUCUCGCUAUAUUCUACACAGAGAUCUGACAUGGUCAUAUUAAUACAUCUUUAGUAUGAUCAUUGGUAUGUUUUUAGAGUGAUUCUUUUGUUACGAGCGACUUAGAAAUAACGUCAUCCGUCAUAUUUGCUUCCCAGAUGAAUUACCUAGGCAUGCAAACAAGUCUUCGAGU